UGUCACUGACACUUUUUUGCAAAUGAUAACUCAAAAAUUGUUACCAGUUUGGUUAGUGUCCUACCAAUUAACAAUGUCCGUAAGUUGUAAAACCACAGUAUUAAUCUAAUGUUAUCAGUGUUCAUGCACAAAUCGCUACAAACGGAUUCUAUUUUGAUUAAUGAUUUUUUAAGACUUGCCCCUAUAGUCAGUAACAAGUUGAGUGGACCUCCACGUUCAUGCUCUUAUAGACAAAAGGAUGCAAAACUGAGAAUGUCAGAACAAGAAUGCAAACGUUAUAAGCAUAAUGAGCCAGCUACCAAUUCAAGUGCACAUCUUUGUGCAAAUUGUUCUCGUGCUGAGUCAAAUAGUGCAUCUCGGAUGCCACAUGAACAGGUGCACAAUAAAAACACAGCUAAGGAAGGUAUCUUUGUCGUGAAUCCUGUCAGUUUGGUUCAGUCUCCAAAUUUUGUAACUGAUAUUCCAUUAUGGCAACCUGUGACAUUACAUAAUUAUAACUUAAUAUAUGGAAACAUAACACACUCUAUUUUACAACCAAAUUUAUAUCCAAACUACUUUCACAGACCAGGUCAGGAAAACCACAGGCAAGUGCAUAAUUUCGCAAAAACUUAUAACGAUGGAGAAGCUUCCAUAAACAGCUUGAGACAUUGGGAAAAACUAAUGAAUGAGAAUACUAUGCCAGGAUUCAAUUUUACUGUGAUGUCAUACAAUGUUCUUGCUCAAGAUUUACUGGAUCAGCAUAUGUAUUUGUAUGCCUCCCACAAAAAGGAAUCUUUAAAGUGGCACAAUCGUUGGAAAAAUCUAAUGUCUGAAAUUCGUCACUUUAAACCUGAUAUUCUCUGUCUCCAAGAAGUUCAAAAGUCCCAUUUAGAAACACAUUUUGCUGUUCUUGAACAGUUAGGGUAUAAGGGAUUAUACAAACAGCGCACUGGGGCUCGUACAGAUGGUUGUGCUAUUUACUACAAACACAAUGUGCUACAGUUGGUCGAGUAUACUACAGUUGAAUAUAAUCAACCAAAUGUGAGGAUUUUGGAUCGAGAUAACGUCGCUAUAAUAGCAAAAUUUUCACCAAUAAAAUUCCCAACAAGAAAAUUUGUGGUGGCCACAACCCAUUUAUUGUACAAUCCUAGAAGACAAGAUGUGAGACUUGCACAAAUUCAGUUAUUACUUACCGAAGUGGACCGAAUUGCGUACAAUCCAGAAAGUGGUUACUAUGUACCUGUGAUUGUAACUGGUGAUUUAAAUUCCACACCAAAGUCGGCUGUGUACAAGUUUAUUACUGAAGGGAAGCUACAGUAUGAAAAUUUAUCUUCAAGGUCACUGACAUCUGAUGAAUCAGGCCCCAAGACAGGAAAGAAAUUUCUUCCAGCCUUUUUACGAAUAACAGAUCAAUGUCAACAUGCCAAUUUACUACCUACACGACAAAAUAAUGCAAAUAUUUCACGUACAGAGGAGUUACGAUUGAUAGAACUAAAGCACAGUGAACGAAAAAAUAGACAAAAUGAUAGAUAUAAUAUGGAUGAAGACGAUAAGAAGUUAUUUUCUUCAGGUAUCUUGACACAUCGUCUUGCAUUAAAGUCUGUUUAUGAACAUGGUGUGGACGGAAAUGAAGAAGGCACAACUUUCCAAAAUGAAUGGAUUUCCGUAGAUUACAUAUUCUUCAGUCACCCGCAAUCUGACGUUGAUCAAGUAAUUCUGUUGGAACGGUAUAGAUUACCCACAAAAGCUGAAUUAGGCGAUUUAAGGAUUCCUAACGGGCAGUUGGGAUCUGAUCAUUUCUCUCUUGUGGCAAAGUUUCAGUUGCAAAUUUAACUGUAUUUUAAUAAUGUAGAGUAUUUUUACAAAUAAAGUUUUAGUUAAACA